AUGGAAGAGAACUCGAAUGAAGUCGAUAUAAGAAACGUAUCUGAAAUUACUCCUUUAGUCAACGACACUCGCCGAGAAUUUCGAAAUGCAAUUGGAGAAGCUGUUUACGUCAGCUAUAUCUCAUCAAAUAGCUUUAUUUUCAUUCUUUUUACCUUAUGCUCUGCCAAAGUAAAUUUAAUUUAGCUUAUUACUUGUGUAACGAUUUUUCACUAUGCUAAAACUGACACUGAUACCCCACUGAACGCUUUUAUUAUUGGAAAUUUAAUAAUUGAUGCUUUAUUUAUGCUUAUUCUUGGGUUGAAAUAUUUAUCUAAUGAAUUCGACUGCUCUAUGACAGUUAAGAAAAAUUUACUUAUCGUGCACAGUAUAGUUGGACUGUAAUCUAUAAUUAGAGGUUAUUUUAUAUGGCUUGUAAUAGGAAACUACUGGUUUUAUACUUGUGAUGGGUGCUUUGACGAUGCUCCUUUGUUAACUUGGCUUGCUUUUAGCUUGAUAUUUUUAGGGUAUAUGUAUUUUUGUAUGCCUGUAUUUUUGUGUAUUGGGAUGUGCAUAUGUUUUCCUAUUACUCUUGUGGUUUUACUAUUAUUAAAAGUAAAAGUACAAAAACAUGCCAGCGAAUCAUUGAUAAAUAAGUUGAAAUCCCAAAAUUUUAGCCCAGAAAAUCAUAUAGGAGAAACUGCAUGUACAAUUUGCUCCUAUGAAUUUGUAGAAGGAGACUCUAUUAUUGUUCUGCCCUGUGAUUCAAGACAUUUCUUCCAUGAAACUUGCUGCAAGCAAUGGCUUACUCCCCCCCCCCCCUCCGUGAGCGAACAAAAAAAAUUUUGUUCGCUCACGGAGGGGGGUUAAUUUUUUUUUUUAAAAAAAUUUAUAUAUAAAUUUUAUAAAAAAUAUUUUUUUCGAAAUUUAAAAAAAUCCUAAUUUGCAAAAAUUGGGAAGCAAAUAUUAAUUUAAUUUGCAAAAUUUAUGUUUUUAAAACGCAAUUUGUUUAAAAUUAAACAGAAUUAGCUCUAGAUUUCAUUAUACUAAUUAUCACUUAUAUAUCAAAAUUUUUUUCCAUUAAAAUUUUUUCUAUUAAAACAAUUUUUGUUCACUCACGGAGGGUGGGUUUUUGGUCAAAAAAUGGCGAUUUUUCUAAUGGUUUUGUUCGCUCACGGAGGGGGGGGGGAGUUAGAAUAAAAUCAGCAUGUCCGUAUUGUCGAAAACAAAUAACUGAAGAUAAUAUUAAUUAG